CCCCCCCAAUGCCAGGGGCCUCGACAAACACUGGGAAGUCCGCAGCUGUCCCAAGUGCUACGGGGUUUUGCGGGACCUGUGGGCCCUCUACCGGGCCUGCCAGAACGAGGAGUUCAUCACCUCGGUGCAGAGUUUUUUGGGACGCUACCACCAAGUCUUUGCGGCGGGAGAGGCCCCCUGCCCGGGCAGGCACCCCUUGGCCGUGGCGGGCCCGGCUGGCGUGUGCUACAUCUGCGGGGCAGAGCUGGGCCCCGGCAAGGAGUUCCAGCUCAGCGUCAACCCCCCGGGACGCUUCGGCGAGAAGGAGCCCUUCUUCCCCUUCCUGACGGUGUACCCGCCGGCUCCGAGGGCCAGGCCCGCCGACUCCGCAGGGAUCGUGUCCGCGUGCGUCCUGUGCUACCACGACCUGCUGGGGCAGUGGCUGCGGUACGAGGGGGCCGGCGCCCCCCACCCCAGCGGGGCCUGGUCCCGCCAGUACAAAGUGGAGGCCUUCGUCUGCUUCUUCUGUCGCCAGGAGAAGAAACGGUGCCAGGGAUUAAGAGCGGUGCGCGUGGCCCGGCUGCCCGUCUUCCUGUACGCCUUGCGGGCGCCCAACAGCUUGCUGGUGGAUGACGGCAAAUGGCUCACCAUCGGGGCGUGUGGGGACUGCGCCGCCCUGGUGGUCGCUGGCAAAGCAGCGGCGGCACCCAGAGAGCUCUUCGCCGGUCAUGCCAGGGCGCCGGCGGCCCUCCCAAAGGCACCGGCCUUUUCUCUCGAGACACCCGCUGCCCAGCUGCCUGCCACCGAGUUGGCCCCACGCCCACCAGGCACCGUGGAGAGCGCAGCUGCAGGGAACGGAGUGGCCACGGAUCACAGGGCCAGCGUGGAUGCGGAGGGCGCAGCCCAAGGACCCACAAGCAUGAGCCAUGAGCCAAAGUCACCUUCUCUAGGAAUGCUUUCAACAGCGACCCGGACCACGGCCACCGUCAGCCCCCUGACCCCUUCUCCUCUCAAUGGCUCCCUUGUGCCCAGUGGCAGCCCGGCAGCCAACAGCACUUUGUCAGUCCAGUCAGCGCCCUCUUCCAGCUUUGCUGCCGCCCUGCGCAAGCUUGCCAAACAGGCUGAGGAACCCAGAGGCUCUUCAAUAAGCAGUGAGUCUUCUCCAGUCUCCUCACCAGCCACCAACCACAGCUCCCCUGCAAGCACUCCGAAACGAGGACCAAUGGGACCUCUCAUCGUCCCACCGGGAGGGCACACUGUGCCGAGCACACCUCCAGUGGUUACCAUUGCACCCACCAAAACUGUGAAUGGCGUCUGGAGAAGUGAAGGACGGCAGCAAGAAGCUGGAUCUCGGAGCAGCGGAGGAAACAGCAGCACUAGCAGCAGGGACCGCCUGAUUGCUGAAGCACCCCUACCCCAGGAGAAGGCCAGUGGCCCAACAGUCCCGUCUCACUUGCUUGGGACGCCUUAUUCCUUUGGGAUCCCACCAAACUCCAUUGUUCAGGACUCCCGCUUUCCACCUCUUAACAGUCUUCAGCGGCCUGUUCACCAUGUGGUGCCUCCCAGUGCAGUCGCAGAAGAUUAUUUGCGGAGCUUCCGGCCUUAUCAUACAGCUGAAGAGCUCCGCAUGUCCUCCUUACCUCCCAUUGCUCUAGAUCCAGCCACUGCUGCUGCAUAUUACCACCCCAGCUAUCUGGCUCAUCAUCCUUUUCCUCACCCAGCAUUCAGGAUGGAUGAUUCCUACUGCCUGUCAGCUCUGCGUUCACCUUUCUAUCCAAUUCCAACUCCCAGUUCACUCCCACCCCUUCAUCCAUCAGCAAUGCACCUACACCUGUCUGGAGUGAGAUACCCCACUGAACUGUCUCAUUCGUCUCUCUCCGCCCUUCAGUCUGAACGCAUCUCCAGCUUGACCGCAGAAAGGUUGCAAAUCGAUGAAGAACUGCGGCAGCGAGAGCGAGAGAAGGAACGAGAACGGGAAGCUGACCGGGAACGAGAGAGGGAACGAGAGAGAGAACGGGAGAGGGAGCGGGAGAAAGAGCUAGAACGGGAACGAGAAAAAGAGAGGGAAAGGGAACGGGAACGGGAGCUAGAGCGGCAGCGAGAAAGAGCCCGGGAAAAGGAACAGAGUAUUGUCAAAACUAUGGAAGUCCCUUUUGCACCUCUGUCAGACUUGCAUGGGCUGAGGAGCCACCCGCCAGAAGAACGUGUCAAACCAACUGAGCAGCUAACGCCAAACCGAGCAGAGAAACCCAAGGAUUCUUCUGCCAUCCAGACCCCCAAGCCAGUCCAACAUCCUUUGCAUCAAUCAUCUGCCUCUCACCAUCCUGUGCCCAGUCUCAUUUCCAGCCACAGUAUGUUUCCCUUGCCUGGAAGCAGUGCAGCCACCGCGCUUCUCAUCCAACGCACCAAUGAGGAAGAGAAGUGGCUGGCACGGCAGCGACGGCUUCGGCAGGAGAAGGAGGAUCGCCAGUCCCAGGUGUCAGAGUUCCGGCAGCAGGUGCUGGAGCAACAUUUGGACAUUGGGCGCCCAGCAACCCAAAUGGAAGCAGAGCAUCGGCCAGAGAACCCCAGAUUGGGACCAAACCGCCCUGAACCAAGUAACCGAGACCAACAGCAGCAUUUUGGAGGGCCGCCUCCACUCAUCUCCCCAAAGCCUCAACACCAUCCUGUCCCAACGUCUCUUUGGAACCCAGUCUCUUUAAUGGAUAACACCAGUGAGCCCCGAAGAAUACAAGAGAGUCAUUCUCUCCAAGGCCAUACUGGCCAAUAUGAGCCCAGUCGGCAAGCCAUCCCACUUGUGAAGGUAGAACGGGUCUACUGUCCAGAGAAACUGGAGGAAGGGGCCAGGAAAAGAGAAGCCCUGGACAAGUACCAGCCAGCCAGGGAGCCUGGGGGAUCAGAUCAUGGUGUUUUUUCCCAUGGGCCCUUCUUAGCAGAACUGGAGAAGUCCACACAGACUAUUUUGAAUCAGCAGAGGACAUCACUCUCUCAGAGUGGACAGUUUGCUGACGUCAGCUUGAACAGCAAGCCUGGUUCACCCUACAGGCAUCCAUUAUCCAGGGGCUAUGACUCCAUGUACAUUUACGACGAAUUCUUGCAGCAGCCCCGCAAGCUGGUCAGCAAACUGGAUCUGGAAGGGAAGAGGCGGAGAGAAGCUCUGGAAAAAGGUUAUUAUUAUGAUCUGGAUGACUCCUAUGAUGAGAGUGAUGAAGAGGAAGUACGGGCUCACUUGCGAUGUGUUGCAGAGCAACCGCCACUGAAGCUGGACACCUCCUCAGAAAAACUGGAAUUCUUGCAACUUUUUGGACUGACCACUCAGCAACAGAAGAAGGAGCUGCUGACUCAAAAACGAAGGAAAAGGCGAAGAAUGCUGCGAGAAAGAAGCCCUUCUCCACCAACAGUACAGAAUAAACGUCAGACACCCUCUCCUCGUUUUGUGCUUUCAACACGUUACAGCCCUGAUGAAAUGAACAACAGUCCAAAUUUUGAGGAGAAAAAGCGUUUCCUCACGACAUUCAAUCUAACUCACAUCAGUGCUGAGAAGCGGAAAGAUAAAGAGAAACUGGUAGAGAUGCUCCAUGCCAUGAAACAGAAAAGUGCCUCCACAGUGAAAAGCUCACCACGGGACAGUCCUACCAUUGUCCAGGCUGAGCCACAAGUGCAGCAAACUGCUGUGGAAUCAGAUAAACCAGUUGGCAUUGCUGCUGCUUCUCUGCCAGAGACUCAGAAGACAGCUGAGCCCAGCAGAAUAGAACAGCUGAGAUCGCAUGAGCUUCAGAGAGCCAAGGAGACUAUUCCUGUCUCCAUUGAGAAGCCCAAGUUGAGUGAUGGGCACACAGCCAAGAAAAGCCUAAGCAUCCUCAACUACGUCCGAGGCCCUUUGCCCAAAGACAUCCCUGUGCCACUGUCGCACAGUAUGAAUGGGAAGAACAAGCCAUGGGAGCCCUUUAUAGCUGAGGAGUUUGCACAUCAGUUCCAUGAGUCCGUAUUGCAGUCUACACAGAAAGCACUGCAGAAACACAAAGGUAAUGCAAUGGCACACUCUGCGGAACAUAACCACAAAAUUGAUGCCUCCAUUCAUUAUAACAUUCCGGAGCUGCAGACCUCAAACUGGAUCUCUCUGCCACAGCAGAAUGGCCAGAAAGAUUCCCAGGAUAAAGGGUUCAUCCCACAACAACAUGAUAAGGUCUCUGACUCUGAAGAAGAGGAGGGGGAGGAGGAAGAAGAGGACUACCCUAGACCCAAAUGGCACGGGAUUGAAGCAAUCUUUGAAGCCUACCAGGAACAUAUAGAAGAGCAAAACCUGGAACGGCAAGUGCUUCAAACUCAGUGCAGACGCUUGGAGGCUCAGCACUACAGUCUCAGUCUGACAGCAGAACAGUUGUCACACACAAUGACAGAACUAAGGAACCAGAAGCAGAAGAUUGUCUCCGAAAGGGAACGACUUCAGGCCGAACUAGAUCACUUGAGAAAGUGCCUUGCAUUGCCUGCAAUGCAGUGGUCUAGAAGUUAUUUCAAGGGGUAUCCCAGGUGACACGCCCUUGCACUAGGCCGAACCUAUAGUAUAGAAAUAAUAAUCUAUUUUAUUACCUGGAAUAUUUAAUAUUUUUCACUGGGAGGUUUGAAGCUUAAAAAGAGAGCGAGAAUGUGCCAUGCAUGAAGCAAAGGACUAUGGGAUCCAGGAAGAAAAUCCACACCCUUCUCUUGACUUCAAUGCAACUGAAUUUUGUAAACUCUACAAAUAAUCCACUUAGAAGAACUUUAGUUUUGGUUAAAUUUAAAAGUUUUAUUUUCCCUGUGCUUUCCCUCCUCCUGCCUUUUUAAUUUUAAAAAAAAUUGUUUUUAAAUGCAGUUUCCACCAAUGACACUAAUAUCCACUUCCCAUUGAAGGGACUGGGAUCAUUUCCAUACGUAUGUUCUUUUUGUUGCCAUACUAGUACAAUUGCUGUUUGGGGGAUCUGUCCAUUGAUUUGUGCUGAAAUAUAUUUCUCAACCCAAGAGGAAACCGGGUACACAUCAGUUUUUUUUAAAGAGAAUGAACUGGAUAUUUUGGAUACAGAAAUAAAUAUCUGCAGAGUAAUGGGCCUAGCAGAAGAUGAAUGCAGCUUCCAAACUUGACUUCCCAUGCAUCAAUCAGCUUUCCGUUGGAAAUGCACUUCACUUGAAAAAUAAAGUGAAUAAAUAAACUGAAGGUACAUUUUUAUUACUGGGGAGGGGAGGAUGUGUACAGAACAGUGAUAUACCUACAAUACACACAAAUUAUGUACCCCAGUGGGUAGAAUUUUCAUACAAAGAUUUUGCAAUUAAAGUUAAAAAAGAGGUGCUUCAGCCUUGUACUGUGUAUAUAUUUAAAAAAUUUUGUAUGUUUUUAUUACUUUAAUUAUUGUUAUAAAAAGCUUGCCAUUUUCAA